AUGGCAGCACCGGUAGCGCAAUUCCUGCACUUUAUCGACCGGAAUUCCCAGAAGUUUGUGAAUAGAUUGGCGGAAGCAGUCGCAAUCCCCAGCGUCAGUGUAGAUGGGGCUUAUCGCCCGGAUGUCAUCAAAAUGUCUGCUUGGCUCAACAAUCAACUCACAAGCUUAGGAGUCGCUACGCAAUUAGCAGACCUUGGGAUGCAGGACAUGGAUGGCAAGGAGCUGCCUUUGCCGCCCGUGAUCUUGGGUGAGAUCGGAAACGAUCCGAAGAAGAAGACGGUGCUCGUAUACGGCCAUUAUGAUGUGCAACCUGCAGAGAAAAGCGACGGUUGGGAUACCGAGCCCUUCGAACUCGUCGAAGAUAAGGAAACUGGACGGCUGAUCGGUCGCGGCUCCACGGACGACAAAGGUCCCAUUUUGGGGUGGUUGAACGUUCUUGAGGCGCACGGGACUCUCGGGCUAGAUCUACCCGUGAACUUGCGCUUUUGCCUCGAAGGCAUGGAAGAAAGCAGCAGCGAUGGGCUCGACAAGCUCAUCGAGUCUGAAGUUGCCAAGGGCAAGGAUGGCUGGUUCCACGGCGUCGACUGUGUAUGCAUUUCGGAUAACUACUGGCAGAACACGCGCACGCCCUGCCUCACAUAUGGCCUUCGCGGCAUCGCCUUCUUCCACAUGACCGUCUCAGGGCCAGGACGGGACCUUCACUCUGGCGGGUUUGGGCGUGUAGUCCACGAGCCGAUGACGGACCUCAUCUUCCUCAUGGGAAGGCUUGUCGCGCCAGACGGCACCAUCCUCAUCCCCGGCGUAGAAGACAUGAUUGCCCCGCCAGACGCGGAAGAGCGCGUGAUCUACGAGAAGCUCGAUUAUUCAAUCGCGGACGUCGACGAGACGGCUGGCGCGUCUAUCGCGCUCUCAGAUGACAAGGCGACAGUGCUCAUGGGCCGCAUGCGCAUGCCUGCGCUCUCCCUGCACGGGAUUGAGGGCGCGUUCAGCGGACCCGGCGGGAAGACCGUCAUCCCUGCGCGCGUCAAUGGCAAGUUCUCCCUCCGCCUUGUGCCCCCACAAACGCCUGCUUCCAUCGCGGCCCUCGUCGUGAAGUACGUAGAAGAGGAGUUCGCGAAGCUGAAGUCGAAAAAUACGCUUAAGAUCGAACUCGUGGGAGGGGGGAUGCCGUGGGUCGAGGACUACAAGCACUGGAACUACGAGGCUGCGCGCCGUGCGACCGAGGCGGUGUACAAGCGGACCCCCGACUUAACUCGGGAGGGUGGUUCGAUCCCUGUGACGCUCACCUUCGCGGAGAACUUGGGGGUGAACGUCCUCCUGCUCCCCAUGGGCCGUGGUGAUGACGGCGCUCACUCCACCAACGAAAAGCUUGAUCGCUCUAACUUCAUCGAAGGGAGCAAACUUAUCGGAACCUACCUCUACGAGGUGGCCGCCAUCAACGCCUAAGGGAGCGCGCAUGAUGAUGCACGAUGCGCAUCGAUCUCUCUUGAUCCUUCCGGACGGCAAUACGAAGCUGGUGGGGUUUGUAUGUAUCGGUAUCGUGACAAGUGUCAACCUCAUCGUGUAAGUGUAUGCGAGGCCGGACGCCACAAAGAACGCUUAUGGCGUCGACUGCG